CGACGCUCGACAGCACGUCGUUGCGACAGACUUCAGGAUGGUGAAGUUCCUCAAGGCGAACAAGGUCGUCGUGGUCCUCAACGGCCGCUACGCGGGCAAGAAGGCCGUCAUCGUCAAGAACUACGACGAGGGCACCUCCUCCCGCCCGUACGGGCACGCGCUCGUCUGCGGUCUUAGCACGUAUCCCCGCAAGGUCACGAAGAAGCAGACGAAGAAGCAGCAGGACAAGCACUCGCGCGUGAAGACGUUCAUCAAGACGGUGAACUACAACCACCUCAUGCCGACGCGGUACACGCUGGACGUGGACCUGAAGACGACGGUGACCCCCGACGUUCUGGACAACGCGACGAAGAAGGUCGCGGCGAGGAAGGAGGCGAAGAAGGUUUUGGAGGAGCGGUUCAAGACGGGCAAGAGCCGGUGGUUCUUCACGCGCCUCGCGUUCUGAUCGUCGAUUUGCGUUGUUAGAACGGCGGGGAGGAUGGAGAAGAUAGCGGGUGCGACGAUUUGAUGACUUUCUUGUGAUGACGACGAUCGAUCAAAACGUCUCUACUU